CUUCAUUCUCUCUCUCUAUUUUUUUUUAUUCCUUACCCUUUCCCCUUCUGACGCCCAGAGGUCAGCCAGGUCAGAUCUCAGAUCACUACCAAUUACUACUCGCAAUUCCUCCUUGCGAUGACGCACCCCGUACACAUGAAACCGGCUGUACUGCCUGCCCCGCUCCAAUCGCUUGUCACCGACCCAAAGCUGCAAUCAUCCACUACUCACCUGCCCGCUUUGCACUCGCUCGCCGUCCAAAUCGAGCACAACCUGCAAUAUCAGCACUCGUGGACUGCUCUGCGCAUCCAUACCCAUUCUCCUCUCACCAAUGAACUACUUCCCCGUCCCUUAGUUUCUGGCGUACCACCGGAGCGAGCCUACAUCGACCCAGAUGAGCAGAUCGAGCUGCUGAAGAAGGCAGACCAGAAACGGAAGGCAGCGACGGAUGAUAAGAGCGACAGCAAGCCAAUCCUUGAGUUCGAGGCUCAGCCGGAGCGCGAAUGGGUACUUCCCACCAGACUGAGCGAGAAAUGGACCCUUCAUCAACUACACGAUGUGUUCACUGGCAUAAGCAUUGUCCCACCCGAGAAUGAGACAUCCCCCACGACCUCGACCAAUCCUUGGAGAACCUCAAAACGAGCCAUAUUAGCUACGGUAGACACUGACAGCACAGUCGUCUACUACGUCAUUCACGAAGGCAUGAUCAAGCCGAGACAGAAUUGAUUCCAAACAUCAACCAAGGCUGCGGGCCAUCUCCAGCUUCCCUUCUCGACUCGAAAUAAAACCUCGCAUGCGCGCGUGUACAGACAGGUUCCUUAGCGUUCAUUAUGCACCUUCAGGUGUAGAGAGAUCAUAUUGCCAAUUGCAGUGUGUCACCAGGA